UUGCUUGUCUAAAAAAAACAAACUUGCAAAUCCCAUCGGAAAUAUCUUCCUUGCUGCCGGCCGCCGCCGCCGCCUGCGCCAUGCUCCGUCUCCGGCAGCGUUUCUUUGCCCAUAUCAUCUCCUCCUCCACCUCCACCUCCACCUCCGCCAUCUCCCCUCUCCACCGGCUCGUCUCGGCAGCGGCAGCCGCCGCCCCCGUUUCCCCAAACCCCGGUGGCUUCGCCGUGGAGGAGUACCUCGUCGACGCCUGCGGCCUCACCCGACCUCAAGCCCUCAAGGCCUCCAAGAAGCUCUCCCACCUCAAGUCCCCCGCCAAGCCCGACGCCGUCCUCGCCUUCCUCUCCGGCCUCGGCCUCUCCGGCGCCGAUGCCGCCGCCGUCGUCGCCAAAGACCCGCUUUUCCUCUGCACCGGCGUGGAGAGAACCCUGGUCCCCGUCGUCGACGGGCUCACGGGCCUCGGUCUGUCUAGUCCUGACAUCGCCCGCCUCGUCUCCCUCACCCCCGCCCGCUUCCGCUCCAGAUCCGUCGUCUCCAAGAUGCACUACCACCUGCCCCUCUUCGGCUCCCUGGACAACAUCCUCCGCGCGCUCCGGCGCGCAACCUACCUUCUCUCGUCGGACCUGGACAAGGUGAUCAAUCCCAAUGUCGUGUUCCUGCGGGAGUGCGGGCUAGCUGAUUGCGAUAUUGCCAAGCUGUGCUACCGUGUGCCCAGGAUCCUGACCACCAACCCCGAGCAUGUCCGGCCGAUGGCGGCAUGGGCCGAAAGAUUAGGGAUUCCCAGGGGCUCUGGUAUGUUCAGCGAAGCGCUGCACGCUGUCGCAUUCUUCAGCGAGGAGAAGAUUGCUGACAAAGUGGAUUUUUUGAAGAAGACAAUCAAAUGGUCUGAUACUGAGGUGGCCAUUGCUGUGUCUAAGGCUCCAAUGUUGCUGAGGAAGUCUAAAGACAUGCUUAGCCGCAGGUCCGAGUUCUUGAUGUCUGAACUGGGGUUGGAACCGGCCUACAUUGCUCGUCGGCCGGUGAUACUCUAUUAUAGCCUGGAGGGCCGGCUCAGGCCUCGAUACUAUGUUUUAAAGUUUCUCAAGGAAAAUGGAUUGGACGAUCGAGACAGGAGCUUCUAUAAUGUGGUCACGAAGGCCGAGAAGGAUUUCGUGGAGAAGUUCAUAUGCCCUCACAAGGAAGCUGCACCACACCUCGCUGAAGACUAUGCAGCCGCUUGCAAAGGGGAGGUGCCAGCUAAUUUCAGAUUUACUUGAACCAAAAGUGGGCAAGGAAAUUGGUUAGUAUGUAUCACGCAACAAAGUUUUCACUCUGCAUUAGUAAGCUGGUAGUUCCUGGUUUGGUGUUCUUUGCCAAACUAGAUUGUCGGUUAUUUUCUGUAGUAUGCCUGUUACAUGCCGGUUUGGUCAUUGCUAAAUGCUAACUCGUAUGAAACUGAUAAUUCUAUUCCUGGGCCCUGAUAUGUUGAUGCUGUCAUUCUUUAGAGAAAA